AUGCAGAGCAGCCAACCCAACCAGUUCACCUUCAGGCCUCUCCCCCCGCCGCCACCGCCUCCACAUGCCUGCACCUGUGCCAGGAAGCCACCCCCCACAGCAGACUCGCUUCAGAGAAGAUCAAUGACAACCCGCAGCCAGCCCAGCCCUGCUGCCCCUGCUCCCCCAACCAGUACCCAGGAUUCAGUGCAUCUGCAUAACAGCUGGGUCUUGAAUAGCAACAUACCCUUGGAGACCAGGCAUUUCCUGUUCAAGCACGGAUCUGGCUCCUCUGCUAUCUUCAGUGCUGCCAGCCAGAACUACCCUCUGACAUCCAAUACCGUGUAUUCGCCCCCUCCUAGGCCACUUCCUCGAAGCACCUUUUCUCGACCUGCCUUUACCUUCAACAAACCGUACAGGUGCUGCAACUGGAAGUGCACAGCCUUGAGUGCCACUGCGAUCACAGUGACUUUGGCCUUGUUGCUGGCCUAUGUAAUUGCAGUACAUUUGUUCGGCCUGACUUGGCAGUUGCAACCAGUUGAAGGACAGCUCUAUGAAAAUGGAGUUAGCAAGGGGAACAGAGGGACGGAGUCCAUGGAUACUACUUACUCUCCAAUUGGAGGAAAAGUUUCCGAUAAGUCAGAGAAAAAAGUGUUUCAGAAGGGACGUGCAAUAGACACCGGAGAGGUCGACAUUGGCGCGCAGGUCAUGCAAACAAUUCCACCUGGCUUAUUUUGGCGUUUCCAGAUUAUGAUCCACCAUCCAAUAUAUCUGAAAUUUAAUAUUUCUUUAGCCAAAGACUCGCUGUUGGGAAUUUAUGGCAGAAGGAACAUCCCACCUACACACACUCAGUUUGAUUUUGUAAAACUCAUGGACGGAAAACAACUGGGCAAGCAGGACACCAAGGGCUCCGACGACAGCCAGCACUCCCCGCGCAACCUGAUCUUGACGUCACUGCAGGAGACAGGCUUCAUAGAGUAUAUGGACCAAGGACCUUGGUAUUUGGCAUUUUACAAUGAUGGAAAAAAGAUGGAACAAGUAUUCGUAUUAACUACAGCAAUUGAAAUCAUGGAUGACUGUUCAACCAAUUGCAAUGGAAAUGGAGAAUGUAUCUCGGGCCAUUGUCAUUGUUUCCCAGGAUUCCUUGGGCCUGACUGCGCAAGAGAUUCAUGCCCUGUGCUGUGUGGUGGGAAUGGAGAAUACGAGAAAGGACACUGUGUCUGCCGGAAUGGCUGGAAGGGGCCCGAGUGCGACGUUCCUGAAGAGCAAUGCAUUGACCCAACGUGCUUUGGACAUGGCACCUGCAUCAUGGGAGUCUGUAUCUGUGUGCCAGGAUACAAAGGAGAAAUAUGCGAAGAAGAGGACUGCUUGGACCCAAUGUGUUCCAGCCAUGGCAUCUGUGUGAAAGGAGAAUGUCACUGUUCCACUGGCUGGGGAGGAGUCAACUGUGAAACACCACUUCCUAUAUGUCAAGAGCAGUGCUCAGGACACGGGACUUUUCUUCUGGACACUGGAGUGUGCAGCUGCGACCCCAAGUGGACAGGAUCUGACUGCUCCACAGAGCUCUGUACCAUGGAGUGUGGUAGCCAUGGAAUCUGCUCAAGGGGAAUUUGCCAGUGUGAAGAAGGCUGGGUCGGCCCUACAUGUGAGGAGCGCUCCUGUCACUCCCACUGUGCUGAGCAUGGCCAAUGCAAAGAUGGCAAAUGUGAGUGUAGCCCUGGAUGGGAGGGCGACCACUGCACAAUUGCUCACUACCUAGAUGCCGUCCGAGAUGGUUGCCCAGGGCUCUGCUUUGGAAAUGGGAGAUGUACCUUGGAUCAAAACGGCUGGCACUGUGUAUGUCAGGUGGGCUGGAGUGGGACAGGCUGCAAUGUUGUCAUGGAAAUGCUGUGUGGUGAUAACCUGGACAACGAUGGUGAUGGAUUGACCGACUGUGUAGACCCUGAUUGUUGUCAGCAAAGCAAUUGUUACGUAAGCCCUCUCUGUCAAGGCUCACCAGAUCCUCUUGACCUGAUUCAACAAAGUCAACCCCUCUUCUCUCAGCACAGUUCUAGACUCUUCUACGAUCGAAUCAAAUUCCUCAUUGGCAAGGACAGUACACACGUCAUUCCGUCAGAGAUCUCUUUUGAUAGCAGGCGUGCCUGUGUGAUUCGAGGCCAAGUGGUGGCUAUAGAUGGAACCCCUCUUGUGGGAGUGAAUGUUAGCUUCUUGCACCACAGUGAUUAUGGGUUUACCAUCAGCCGACAAGAUGGAAGCUUUGACCUUGUAGCAGUUGGUGGGAUCUCUGUCAUCUUAAUCUUUGACCGAUCACCUUUCCUAUCUGAGAAGAGGACCCUGUGGUUGCCUUGGAAUCAGUUUAUUGUGGUGGAGAAAGUAACUAUGCAAAGAGUUGUAUCAGACCCACCAUCCUGUGAUAUCUCCAACUUUAUCAGCCCAAACCCAAUCGUGCUUCCUUCGCCACUCACUUCAUUUGGAGGAUCCUGUCCAGAGAGGGGAACUAUUGUUCCAGAGCUCCAGGUGGUCCAGGAGGAGAUCCCCAUUCCUUCCAGCUUUGUGAGGCUGAGUUAUUUGAGCAGCCGUACCCCUGGGUAUAAAACCUUGCUACGGAUCCUUCUGACGCAUUCAACGAUUCCUGUAGGGAUGAUAAAAGUACACCUCACAGUAGCUGUGGAAGGGCGACUCACACAGAAAUGGUUUCCUGCUGCAGUUAAUCUUGUCUACACGUUUGCUUGGAACAAGACCGACAUCUAUGGACAGAAGGUUUGGGGCCUGGCCGAAGCUUUGGUAUCUGUGGGAUAUGAAUAUGAAACCUGCCCUGACUUGAUUCUCUGGGAGAAAAGGACGGUCGUUUUGCAAGGUUUUGAGAUGGAUGCUUCUAACCUAGGAGGCUGGUCCUUAAAUAAGCAUCAUAUUUUGAAUCCUCAAAGUGGAAUCAUACAUAAAGGGAAUGGAGAAAAUAUGUUCAUUUCCCAGCAGCCUUCAGUCAUAUCCACCAUUAUGGGCAAUGGGCACCAGCGGAGUGUAGCCUGCACCAACUGCAACGGCCCAGCCCAUCACAACAAACUCUUUGCUCCUGUCGCCUUAGCUUCUGGCCCUGAUGGCAGCGUGUAUGUUGGUGACUUCAAUUUUGUAAGGCGCAUAUUUCCCUCGGGAAACUCCGUUAGUAUUUUGGAAUUAAGAAACAGAGAUACCAGACAUAGCACAAGUCCUGCUCACAAAUACUAUCUGGCUAUGGACCCUAUGUCUGAAUCGCUUUAUCUCUCAGACACCAAUACACGAAAAGUCUACAAGUUGAAAUCUCGUGUGGAAACAAAAGACCUGUCCAAGAAUUUUGAAGUGGUGGCAGGAACAGGUGACCAGUGCCUUCCCUUUGACCAAAGUCACUGUGGAGAUGGCGGGAGAGCGUCAGAAGCUUCUCUGAACAGCCCUCGAGGCAUCACAGUUGAUAGGCAUGGCUUCAUUUACUUUGUGGAUGGGACUAUGAUUCGGAAAGUUGAUGAGAAUGCCGUGAUCACAACUGUAAUCGGCUCAAAUGGACUGACAUCCACACAGCCACUGAGCUGUGACUCAGGGAUGGACAUCACUCAGGUGCGAUUAGAGUGGCCAACAGAUCUUGCAGUCAAUCCCAUGGACAAUUCACUGUAUGUCUUGGAUAACAACAUUGUGCUGCAAAUUUCUGAGAACAGGCGCGUGCGGAUCAUUGCGGGGCGCCCCAUUCACUGCCAGGUGCCAGGCAUCGAUCAUUUCUUGGUCAGCAAGGUGGCAAUUCACUCCACUCUGGAGUCGGCGAGGGCUAUCAGCGUCUCCCACAGCGGGCUGCUCUUCAUAGCUGAAACCGACGAGAGGAAAGUAAACCGCAUUCAGCAAGUCACCACCAAUGGGGAGAUCUCCAUCAUCGCUGGCGCCCCCACUGACUGUGACUGCAAAAUUGAUCCCAACUGUGACUGUUUUUCAGGUGACGGCGGCUAUGCCAAAGAUGCCAAGAUGAAAGCCCCUUCCUCCUUAGCAGUGUCGCCCGACGGCACCCUCUACGUAGCAGACCUUGGGAAUGUCAGGAUUCGUACCAUCAGCAGGAACCAAGCCCAUUUGAAUGACAUGAACCUUUAUGAGAUUGCCUCCCCAGCCGACCAGGAGCUUUACCAGUUCACAGUCAACGGAACCCACCUGCACACCCUGAACCUGAUCACCCGGGACUACGUGUACAACUUCACCUACAAUGCCGAAGGUGACUUGGGUGCCAUCACCAGUAGCAACGGCAAUUCAGUACACAUUCGCCGAGAUGCAGGGGGGAUGCCCCUCUGGCUUGUGGUGCCCGGCGGGCAGGUGUACUGGCUGACUAUAAGCAGCAAUGGCGUUCUGAAAAGAGUGUCAGCCCAAGGCUACAACCUGGCCUUAAUGACCUAUCCAGGCAACACCGGGCUUCUGGCUACCAAGAGCAAUGAAAACGGAUGGACGACCGUUUAUGAGUACGAUCCCGAGGGCCAUCUGACAAAUGCCACAUUUCCCACUGGAGAGGUCAGCAGCUUCCACAGCGACCUGGAGAAGCUGACAAAAGUGGAGCUGGAUACUUCCAACCGUGAAAAUGUCCUCAUGUCAACCAACUUGACGGCAAUGAGCACCAUAUAUAUUUUAAAACAAGAAAAUAUCCAAAGUACCUAUCGGGUGAGUCCAGAUGGCUCCCUCCGCGUCACCUUUGCCAGCGGGAUGGAGAUCAGCCUGAGCUCAGAGCCCCACAUCCUGGCGGGCGCAGUCAACCCCACGCUGGGCAAAUGCAACAUCUCCCUGCCCGGCGAGCACAAUGCGAACCUCAUCGAAUGGAGGCAGAGGAGAGAACAGAACAAAGGCAACAUCUCCGCCUUUGAACGGAGGCUGAGGGCCCAUAACAGAAACCUGCUCUCCAUUGAUUUUGAUCACAUAACGCGCACAGGAAAGAUCUACGAUGACCAUCGGAAAUUCACCCUUCGCAUUCUUUACGACCAGACGGGCCGGCCCAUCCUGUGGUCUCCUGUAAGCAGAUAUAAUGAAGUGAACAUCACCUAUUCUCCUUCAGGACUGGUGACCUUUAUUCAAAGAGGGACAUGGAAUGAAAAAAUGGAAUAUGACCAGAGUGGAAAAAUCAUUUCCAGAACUUGGGCUGAUGGGAAAAUAUGGAGUUAUACCUACUUAGAAAAGUCUGUGAUGCUCCUCUUGCACAGCCAGCGGCGUUACAUCUUUGAGUAUGACCAAUCGGAUUGCCUGCUCUCAGUCACCAUGCCUAGCAUGGUGCGUCACAGCUUACAAACCAUGCUUUCGGUGGGUUACUACCGGAACAUCUACACCCCUCCGGACAGCAGCACGUCUUUCAUCCAAGACUACAGUCGAGAUGGCCGGCGGCUACAGACCCUAAACCUGGGGACAGGGCGCAGGGUUCUUUACAGAUACACCAAGCAAGCAAGGCUGUCUGAGAUUCUCUAUGAUACCACUCAGGUCACACUAACCUAUGAAGAAUCUUCUGGAGUGAUUAAGACCAUACAUCUGAUGCAUGACGGAUUCAUUUGCACCAUCCGAUACAGGCAAACAGGGCCUCUUAUUGGACGCCAGAUUUUUCGAUUCAGUGAAGAAGGUCUCGUGAACGCCCGGUUCGAUUAUAGCUACAACAACUUUCGAGUCACCAGCAUGCAAGCCGUGAUCAAUGAAACCCCAUUGCCCAUAGAUCUCUACCGCUAUGUGGAUGUCUCUGGUCGAACAGAACAGUUUGGAAAAUUCAGUGUAAUUAAUUAUGAUUUAAAUCAGGUCAUAACAACCACGGUGAUGAAGCACACCAAGAUCUUCAGCGCCAACGGUCAAGUGAUCGAAGUGCAAUAUGAAAUCCUAAAGGCAAUUGCCUAUUGGAUGACCAUUCAAUAUGACAAUAUGGGCCGCAUGGUAAUCUGCGACAUUAGGGUAGGGGUCGAUGCCAAUAUCACGAGAUACUUCUAUGAGUACGAUGCUGACGGGCAACUUCAAACUGUUUCUGUAAACGAUAAAACCCAGUGGCGUUAUAGUUACGAUCUGAAUGGCAACAUCAACCUCUUAAGCCAUGGGAACAGUGCUCGUCUGACUCCGCUCCGAUAUGACCUCCGAGACCGCAUCACCAGACUGGGAGAAAUUCAGUAUAAAAUGGAUGAGGAUGGCUUUCUGAGGCAGAGGGGAAAUGACAUCUUUGAAUAUAACUCGAACGGUCUGCUACAGAAAGCCUACAAUAAGGCUUCUGGCUGGACGAUGCAGUAUUACUAUGAUGGGCUCGGGCGCCGUGUCGCCAGUAAGUCCAGCCUAGGGCAGCACCUGCAGUUCUUCUACGCAGACCUUGCCAACCCCAUCCGAGUGACCCAUCUGUACAACCACACCAGCUCGGAGAUCACAUCACUGUAUUAUGAUCUGCAAGGCCACCUGAUCGCCAUGGAGCUGAGCAGCGGAGAAGAAUACUAUGUUGCCUGUGAUAAUACCGGCACCCCCCUGGCUGUAUUCAGCAGCCGAGGUCAAGUGAUCAAAGAGAUCUUGUACACUCCUUAUGGAGAUAUCUAUCACGACACUUACCCUGACUUCCAGGUCAUCAUUGGUUUCCAUGGAGGACUCUAUGAUUUCCUUACGAAAUUAGUGCACCUGGGCCAGCGGGAUUAUGACGUGGUUGCCGGGAGAUGGACGACACCCAAUCAUCAUAUAUGGAAGCAGUUGAACCUCCUUCCUAAGCCAUUCAACCUCUACUCCUUUGAAAAUAAUUACCCAGUUGGCAAAAUUCAAGACGUUGCAAAAUAUACCACAGAUAUCGGAAGUUGGUUGGAGCUGUUUGGUUUCCAGUUACACAAUGUGCUACCUGGAUUUCCAAAACCUGAGUUAGAAAAUUUGGAAAUAACUUAUGAACUUCUGCAACUUCAAACAAAAACGCAAGAAUGGGAUCCUGGAAAGACUAUCCUGGGGAUUCAGUGUGAGCUGCAGAAACAGCUCCGCAAUUUCAUUUCCUUGGACCAACUUCCCAUGACUCCCCAGUAUAGUGAUGGCCGGUGCCUUGAAGGCGGGAAACAACCCAGGUUUGCUGCGGUUCCCUCGGUGUUUGGAAAAGGUAUCAAAUUUGCCAUCAAGGAUGGCAUCGUAACCGCCGAUAUCAUAGGCGUUGCCAAUGAAGACAGCAGGCGACUGGCUGCCAUUCUCAAUAAUGCACAUUACCUGGAAAACCUCCAUUUCACCAUUGAGGGGCGGGACACGCACUACUUCAUUAAGCUUGGCUCGCUGGAGGAGGACCUGGUAUUGAUCGGUAACACUGGGGGGAGGCGGAUCCUGGAGAAUGGUGUCAAUGUCACCGUCUCCCAGAUGACUUCUGUGUUGGAUGGAAGGACUAGACGGUUUGCAGACAUCCAGCUCCAGCAUGGGGCUCUGUGCUUCAACAUCCGGUACGGGACAACUGUGGAAGAGGAGAAGAACCACGUGCUGGAGGUCGCGAGACUGCGUGCGGUGGCCCAGGCCUGGACUAAGGAACAAAGGCGACUUCAAGAAGGGGAAGAGGGGACCCGGGCAUGGACAGAGGGGGAGAGGCAGCAGCUUUUAAGCACUGGGAGGGUGCAAGGUUAUGAUGGCUAUUUUGUCUUGUCUGUGGAGCAGUAUUUAGAACUCUCUGACAGUGCCAACAAUAUUCACUUUAUGAGACAGAGCGAAAUAGGCAGGAGGUAACAAAAGAAAUCUCUGCCUUUGCGUCACCAAAGACUGCCUGUUUUUCCAACCAGAAAAUGGUUUCUUGUAUUGGUUUUUUCUAGAUCCGAACUCUCUCUAUAGAAAUAUGGAGGAAAAACAUAUCCAACUGCCUUUCAAUGUGACGGAAGAUGGUAUUUUAAUAUCGUUUGUUUAAACUCUUUAAGAAACGACAGCGAUUUUUAGUUCUUGUGUGGCAGUAUUCACACACAAAAAACACACAAGUAGAAUUCAAACAGCUUGAACGAACAAACAAACAAAAAACCCACAACAACCAAGUUGGGUUUUUGCUUUGGGUUUUUGUAUUGAUUUUUGGUUUUCCAAGCAAGCACCACUUUCAAUUUGUACAGCCAUGCAUCCGUCCCGAUCUAGAGAAAAGAAUCCAAGGUUCUCACGCAAUCAUGACACUAAGUUUCACAUUUAACUGUUCUCCCAACUGGCGGGCUAUUUUAACAGGUGGUACAAUCCUAUCUGGACUUGGCGUUUCCAAAGACUACCUGCCAGCGCGAUCCUGUUCUCCCCAUCUUUACAGGUUAACUGGAAAACAACUGGAAAAAUGUCUCCAACAGCCAUCUCCUAGAAUCGGGACCCGUUUGCCCUCCUCCCUUGUUAUUCCUCCUUGCUGGUCCCAGUCAAUGCCAUGUCGUGGUGCUGUGUUUUGGCACGUGCUGGCUGGGUUCUGUCAACCACGCUUUCCCGUGGGCGUGAUGACCAAACCCAAAGAGCCAUUCAUUUGUGUGUGUCCUGUUUUGACACCGCAGCGGCGGGUCAAUUUAGCGACGCCCACACAGUUGGUUUUGGCGAAAGGAAAGUUACUUGCUGUUUUUAUCAAUUUGCCCGGUUGUAUUGGUGUCAUGUGCACAUAGCUUUUGUUAACCCGGGUAGGAAUCUCUCAUUUUAUAUAUAGGGUGUGUUUGGGUCAUGGUUUCACAUUAGUGAUUCAGUAUUUAUACAUUCAUCCGAUGUGUUUGUGCACAGGAAAGAUAAUUUACUAAGAAGUAUGACUCUGGUACAAAAAAAACAAAACAAAAAAAGAAGCCUUUAACAAGAGCAAGCAUACACACCUGCGAUGCCGAUAAACACACCACUUAUGGCCGAAAUGCAUAAGAACCAACCCCUUAAGAAAAAAUAGGCCUAACGCUACGGUGAAUGUAAAGGACCAAAGGGCAAACGAAGCCAAGCCUCACGGUAGUUACUGCUGCAUUAUUUCAGCUCCCUUCCAUUUAUCUUGCCAAGGGUCCAUUCUUUAGCGAGCAUCUCCCAGCCAUAUGCAGGGAAUUCGAUUAUGCGAACCGUAGCCAGCCCCACAUGCAUCAGCCAAGUCUAGAGAGGCCGACAAUUUUUGAUUCAUAUCAUUUAGAUGAUUUCGAUCUUUUCAUUUUCCCUUUACCCCUUUGUUUCUAGGGAAUCAUCUCUCCUAAUUAGAGGGCAAAACUCGCAUCUAUUUUCCAGGAGGGGUUCUUUUGUUUUGCAAUCAUUGGAAAUUUGUGGAAGAAAAGAAAAUUUCAGAACAAAACACAAAAGGUCCAGAUUAGCAUUGAUAUCUGAAUCUUUAUGAAACCUGCAGGCCAAGUAGCUCCUUGGUGAGCUGGGAAAUUUAUGCCCAGUGACCAAGAGACAGUUUGUCAAAUGCUGUGUAAUUGUCAGUUACCCCAAAGGAAAAUGCAUGACAGCACAGUAAGGCCCGUGGAACAUUCCCCUGAGCCAGCUUCCGCACUUCCGUCAGGAAGUCUGGACAUUUGCUAUGGCCGAAGGAGAAUUUCGGAUGGGAUGUUACAGCUCGGGGCUUGCCAGCUACUACCGAAGUGCAGUGCGGGGUCAUUGCCUUGCUUUGGUGAUGGUCGUUUCUUUUGAAAAUAUGCACAGUCAGGCCCGGGGAGGGGGUUGUCACACAUUUAGAUUUUGCAAGAGCCCAGCUCCUACCACGCAGGGACCUGCUGAGAGUAGAGGAAGGUGGAUUCGAACAUUUCAUUUCCAAACCUUCAGAGUGGGAUGGCCACAAUCUUUCACGUGUGUUCCAUAAAGAAAGAGAGAGAGGAGGAAGGAGGCCAAGCUGAACCCAUCUCUCUUUGUAAUUGGAAGCAUACUAGUUCAAUAAAUUUCUAAUCCAUAUCGAAAACAUUUUAUUGGGUUUUUUUCCUGAAUCAGGCCUAUGUUCAUGAUACACUAUUAUAGUCAGGAUAGAAUCUUAAAGCGACUAAUGAACUUGUUGAAAAAUUGAAUACCUCCACACCAGCCUAAAAAUGGACCUUAAGUUCUUAGAACCUCUGACGUUCCUUUAAAUUAAUGAAAAACAUAAUUUAUGAACUGUAUAUAGAGAGUGCAUUCAUAAAUGUGAUGAUGUAUUUUGUCACUCAUCCAAGAUAUCAAUAUUAGAGUCUAUUUUGCUUAUAUUUUAAGUGAUUAUACUUUUUUGCAAUUCACUGAUGAUGUAUCAUUUUCAAACUGCUUUAAAUAUCCAUUAGAAACAAAUAUUUGAAACUUUUACUUAAUAGUAAUUACCUUGACCUGUGCAUUUCUAGUUUGUAAUACAUAUUUAGUUAGUUUGUGCCUUUAGUUUCUUAAAGUUAUAUUUGUAUUAUAUUCAGGAAAUGCACUUUUUAUCACAUACAGCUGUGGUUUUAAUACUGCCUUGAACUAUUAUUACUUUUCUCUUUACCACUCCCAAAAUUUUGGGGAAGAAAGAAAAGAAAAUAGCAUUCAUGAGUCGUAAAUCUAAGAGAAGCAUUUUGGCAUUUCGUAAUAACGACACGGAGAUACUGAGCACAUUGCUUCCAAUUCAGCCAAGUCGAAAGGAGGCUUUCAUUGACUUGCAGUUCUGAAGUUUAAGUUGAGGACAGAACCAUUCCUUCGCAUUUUCUGCUGAAAGUAAAGGCAUUUAGAAGAGAAAUCUACCCAUUUCUGAUACCCAGAAGGUCUAAGUGGCUGAACGCUGCUAAUACCUGCCAUUCAAUGAAGUCAGAGUGAGAGCACUGUAUUGGGCUCUCCUCUGAAGAGCAUUUGUCUCCAGGGUGGUUUCUUUCGGCUAGGUAGGCCCAUUUUUAUUUGUGGGUUGUUGUUUUGUGUUGUUUGGAAUCUUGUACUGUAGUCUAGAAACCCAAAUAAACCGUAAAGUUCACAGUUGAAACAGCCCUUUAAAAUCUGCUUCUUUUUCUCUUGUCAUUCCAAUCAUGACUGAUAAGAAGCAUGAUUCUGGAAGGAGAGCAAAAUGCAACCCCACAUUUGCACACUAUUUCAGCAAAACACUUGCCACAUAAAUAUGUGUUCACUUUAGCCCAGCAAAACCAUGUAAGUGGGUCCUUUCCUAACCAUUUAUCUAGAAGAUCUGUAACAUAUAGACUAUAUAAUAUGAUAGAUUCAAUACCACAUAGCCAAAUGACAAUAUAGAAUUUGGAAUUCGCUUGCUCAUUUCAUACAUAGCUGUGAAAUUCACUUCUCAUCAUCCGUGAUACAAUUUCAAGCAGUCUUAUCAAUUGACCUCUACUGUUUGUUUGUUUUUUAAUUUUGUUUUGAUGUAACUUGUUUGGUUUUAACCAAACCAGCCCCCAUUGUAACCAAGCCCACCCGAGAGUCAGGGCACAGUGUUUUUUAUUUAUAAAGAUGCAUUCAUGCAAGGGCAAUUGUACUGGAGUUCAGUGGUCAUGGAAGCAAAAGUAUAGAAACAAGUUUUGAAAGAAACUUUUGGCGAGAGGGGAGUGAGUUCUAGCUUGUGGACAGACAGAAGGCUACCGUUUGGCUGUGACAUUUCGCUGUCUUGGAGGAACUUGCGCACACAUAGCUGACCUGACUCGUAUUCAGAUGUCAGACUGCUCUUCCACAGCCUUCUGUAAGGCGUUCCACUCUAUGACAACAAGCAAGCAAACAAACAACAAAACAAACCAAAACCAAAAAAAAAAUAGAAAACAACAAAAAAUAAUUCAACCACAAAAAAAAAAAUAGUGUCAGUGUGUCCUUCAUAUGAAAGCUUUUAAGGACCAAAUAUACUACUGUGUGUAAGAAGAAAUUACUUCCUAAACAGUAACUGGAAAUAUUUAGAGUUAAACUUGCUGUGGAUUUUGUCUUGGCAGUUGUCAUCUUACAUUAUUUGUCAAAGGAAAUGUGUUUGGCAGUUAAAAAAGUCUUUCCUUAGAUUUAGUGGUGGACUUUAACCUCUUAAAUAAAUGUUAGUAUAUCAGAUUGUGUCCUUGCAAAAUAUUUUACUUGUGUGAAUCAUGACAGUGUCUAACUCUUUACUAUUCUUCUGGCAAAAGCAUCAGUGAAGAGAGAAGGAGAAAAGGAGAAGGACGGCCUUUCUGUCAGAAAAAAUGUUCUUUUUAGCUGCUUACUUUCUCAUGAACAGUAAAGAUGUUUACAGUGUAUGCCAAGAUUUCCCAUUUCUGUGUAACAACAGUUAGAGGUUCUGAUCAUACUGACAAUUGUGUUACAAUGGCCGGUGCCAUGUUGCUAGGAAACACUAGGUUCCAGUUUCGUAUGCCUGCUCUCCCUCGAUACUGCGCAGGUUCACGUUCAACGGUCUUUUGCAUUUUGCUCUGGCAUUUUUCUACAAGAGCAUCACAACAACAUGCUGUAAAUAUUUAAAGUUAAACAUUACGUGUCGAUAUUUGAA